AUGGAUGGAAAUUCCACUAAAACAAGCAUCUUGCACGCCUCUCCACAUGUCUGGAUAUUCACAACAUCCAGAAGCAGCUUCACUAAUCAGAAAAGCUGUGGAGAGUCGCUAAUGGAAGAGGAUGAGAAGGAUAGAGCAAAGAGGGCUUCACGUAACAGGUCUGAGAAAAAAAGGCGGGACCAGUUUAAUGUACUUAUUAAAGAGCUCAGUAUCAUGCUUCCAGGAAACACUCGCAAAAUGGAUAAAACCACCGUGCUGGAAAAAGUCAUUGGCUUCCUACAAAAGCACAAUGAGGUUGCUCAGACAGAGAUCUGUGAUCUCCAGCAGGACUGGAAGCCUUCUUUCCUUACCAAUGAAGAGUUCACUCAGCUCAUGUUGGAGGCACUAGAUGGCUUCAUUAUAGCAGUCACAACAGAUGGGAGUAUCAUAUAUGUUUCUGAUAGCAUCACUCCACUUCUUGGCCAUUUACCAUCAGAUAUCAUGGAUCAAAAUUUGUUGAAUUUCCUGCCAGAGCAAGAACAUUCAGAGAUAUAUAAGAUAUUAUCAUCACAUAUGCUUAUCACAGACCCUGCUUCUCUCAACUGCUUGAACUCUGACAAUGGGCUGGAGUUUUGCUGUCACCUUCUAAGAGGCACUUUAAAUCCAAAGGAGUUCCCAACAUAUGAAUAUAUUAAGUUUGUUGGAAAUUUUCGGUCUUGCAACACUGUGUCUAAUUCCUCAUGCAAUGGCUUUGAAGGAACUGUUUCAAGAACGUAUCGAUCACAGCUUGGCAAGCAAGUAUGUUUUGUCGCAACAGUUCGUCUUGCAACGCCUCAGUUUUUAAAGGAAAUGUGCAUAGUUGAAGAAUCUUUUGAAGAAUUCACAUCAAGACAUAGUCUAGAAUGGAAGUUCCUUUUUCUAGAUCACAGGGCGCCACCAAUCAUUGGAUAUUUGCCUUUUGAAGUCCUUGGUACAUCUGGUUAUGAUUAUUACCAUGUAGAUGACCUUGAAAUAUUAGCCAGGUGCCAUGAACAUUUAAUGCAAUUUGGAAAAGGAAAAUCUUGCUGUUAUCGCUUUCUCACCAAAGGCCAACAGUGGAUCUGGCUUCAAACACAUUACUAUAUCACAUAUCAUCAGUGGAACUCAAAGCCCGAAUUUAUUGUAUGCACACACACUGUUGUCAGUUAUGCUGAUGUACGUGUAGAAAGAAGAAAAGAAGUGAAUUUAGAAGAAGCUUCAACUGAAAUGAUCUCCUCAGCACUGAAGGAGAGAGACUUAGGUGUGGAUGCUGAUCAGCACUUUAAUGCACUAGAAGUAAGUGCCUCACUUCUCAGCCCCAGCCGCACACCAUCCGUAUCCUCAAGGAGCUCGCACAAAUCCUCACAAACCCAGAUGUCCGAACCUACAUCUACUCCCACAAAGCUGAUUACAGAAUCCAGCAGUCAGACCUUGCAAGGAAUACCCAGAAUGCCACUUGAUGUAGCCCUGCAAAGAAUGAAUCAGCCUGUCUCAAUUCAGACUCCGGUACCUGCUCAGUCACGUGACCUGCUUCAACAACAGCUUUUGGAGCAAGAUCCGCUCCCGAACCAGACCUCUCCUCUAGCCCAAUUUUCAGUGCAGUUUGGUGUGUUCCAAACCAUAAAGAGCCAGCUAGAGCAGAGGACACAGAUUCUCCAGGCCAAUAUACGGUGGCAGCAGGAAGAACUCUACAAAAUUCAGGAGCAAUUAAAUAUGGUUCAGGAUUCCAACUUACAGAUGUUUUACGAGACACCAGAUAUGUCAUUGAACUACGACAGCCUGCAGCACUCAGACCCUCAGCAAGCAUCAGUCCAGUCGAGGCCCACCAGCAUACCCCAGCAACACCAGAUCAUUUCCAGUCCUCCGACUCAAGGACAGAUUGCAGCUUCCCAGAUAGGAAGUUUUCUUUCAUCCGGUCAACAACAGAGAGACCCCACUGUAAUCUCAAAUAGGGUUCAAAAAUCUAUGAGGAAUACUCAAGGAAUUCCAAGCAGCGACCAACCAUCCAACGGUAACAAUGCCUCUCAACUAUUAUCACAGAGUUUGACAAUAGCACCACCUUCUGGUCCACAGCAGGAUAACAGCCAGUGUCAUACAGCUCCAGACUUCAGUCACGACAAACACUUAAGAUUGUUGCUCAGCCAACCCAUCCAGCCAAUGAUGCCAAGGCCCUGUAGCACAAGGCGAUCCUCUGACACCGGACAUCAGUCCAAAUACUCGCAAAAUGUGCAAAUUUUUCGAAAUUUAGAGGUACAAACUUCGAGCAAUAACACUCCUAUUUUGCUCAUGGGUCAAGCAAUAUUGCACCCCGGAUUUCCAGUAACGCAUUCAUCCCAGAAACAAAAUUUUCAACCACUGCAAGUCCAACAACCACAACAGCAGCAACAUGGGCAGCAGGUGCCAACAUCCAACUCUUUACGGAAUGAGCAGUCUGACUCUUUGCUUUUGCCCACCUAUUCCCAAGGGGCUAUUGGAUUUCUUCAACAGCAGCGGAUUACUCCAAGAAGAACUAACAGUCUGUCUGAAACUUCAGGGGCAAAAUAGCCAUUAUGGUAAACACGGACAUGUCUCUUUUCCACAUGGAUAGGAGGAGAAUACACUGUUUUCUGGAUUAUUGUAUAUUUGAGACUCCAACAAUAGUCCUCAGCGUGGGGAAGCUGCUGGUGAUGUACGUAUUGUUAAAUGAAGCACUGGAUGACUGGUUAAUUUGUUUACGUUCAGAAUUUGGAUCAGCAGCUAGAUGGAAAUCAUGUUUCUGCAUUGAGGACCAACUCUAGUAGACAUAUUAUGGAGAACACACGCUCUUUAACUAAAUAUGUACAUUUUUCUGUGUCUGUCAAAUCACUGUGUAAAAGUAAUGAGCUCAAAAACAGUUAAAAAAGGCAAAGUACAAGGCAUAUAUAGAUAGUCUAUAUUGCACAGGCUUACUGCGUUUUAUUUUUUUGCUAGUGCUGCGCACAAGUUACAGUAAAUUGUAGUGUCUCACACUUUGGCCUUACGUCCGGU